AUGAUCUUCUCAACCACAUACACAACAAUCCUGGCCACCACCGCCUUGGCCCUCCUCACCCUCUCCUCGAGCCCCAACGCCGUUGUCGAAGCCCACUCCUGGGCAGACUGCAUCAAUUGGAAGUUCAACAAGUCCGGCGGCAAUCAAGACUGGACCGACAAGGGCGGUCGUUGUAUCGGAUACGCCCGUCGCUUCCCUACCGGAAAGCCUUUCGGAUCCCUCGACGACGCCGAUCCCUCGCGCCAUUACCAACAGGCCGGAAACCCCAACACUGCCCUACCCUGCUCAGACCACAAGCAUGGUAAAGAUGUUGGAUCUGACGAGACCCGUGGCAACCCACCUUCGGCGGCUUAUGGCGGCAAGUACGGUCAGAUGACGGUUACGGCAGUGGGAGAUACCUUGUGUGUGAGGUGGCCUGCCAAGAACCAUGCUGAGAAAAAUGAGGACAAUACCAAGGUCCAGAUUAACCUGUCCAAGAACAUUGGAAAGGACCCAUCCCAGCAGGACCUGUUGAAGAACACGAUUGCGUUGUUGCCCUACAAGAACUGCAACCCCGGAUCCAACACGGAUAGGCGCGCUUGUGGUGGGUGCUUUAAGGUGCCUGUUCGUGCACAAGGAAUCUACCUCCUUCAGUGGCGGUGGAUGUUGAACCCGGGCGAGUGGUACACAUCUUGCGCUGACAUCCAAAUUGGAGGCAGCGGCAAAGCGAGCGGAUCGGUCUCCAAGAUUGUCAACAGCAUUGUCGCCAAGGGAAAGAAGGGCAAGGGAAAGAAGGGCAAGGGCAAGAAGGGCAAGGGCAAGCACUAA